AGAAACCCAACUAUUAUCAAAAUGAAACUUUCCCGGUUAGGUAUUUUGAGUUUCUGAAAUGUUUAAAUCACAUGGCACCAUUAUUGUGCAAUAGCAAUAAUAGUAUUGCAGUAAAGUGUACUGCAAUUUAUCACUUCCUUUGCCAAUAUGUGUUUUAUCCAAUAAGACACACUUUACUCUUUAUCAAGGUGCCCUGGUCUUGUGGCUGUUUUUCAGCACAGGACCUGGGCACCUUCCAGUCAUUGAGUUGAUCAAGAACAUCCCUGAAUACUGAAGUAUUCUGGAGUAAUAUGUGAGGCUGUGCAGCCAGAUGAUGAUCCCAAGCUCAGCAGUACAAUUAUUGAAACAGGAAAGAAUCAAGGUGCUGCAAUGGCCCAGUCAAAGUCCAGACCUCAACCUGACUGCGAUGCUGUUGAGAGGCGUUAAGAGAACUGUGAAUAAAUGUAAAUAAAUGUCUACAAAUCUCGCUGAACGGAAGCAAGGUCGUAAAGAAGAGUGGGCCAAAAUGCCUCCACAACAACAUGAGCGAAUGAUAAAGUCAUAAGAAAAAGAUUGCUUCAAGUUAUUGCUGCUAAGAGUGGUUAUACAAGCUAUUCAGUCAAGGUGUGUAACAUGGAAUAACUGCAUUUAAACUAUAGUACAAUGUUCUCAAUGAAAGAAGACAUCUAAUAAAACUUAAAUAGCCCCAAGUCUCUAAAUUGACCUGCACUGCUCACGUAAAUGCUGUGCGAUGCUGCAAAUUUUGUUAUCAAUCUCAUGCGAAGUACAUACAGGGACAGUCUUGCCGUCUAUAAAGGCAGUUUAUGUAGAGGAGAGCAAUGUGUCAUGAUUUAAUAAAAUAGAUGUGGCAAUCAACACGAAAGGGUUCAGACAAUUUUCAUAGCGUGUUUGAUGGGGUUUUUUCACUGCCAAAAGAAUAAAAAAAUAUAUAAUACAGUUCAAUGGGCUAAAUAUUGAACUUGGAGCACAGAAACAAACCAUCAGUCUGAUACCAAUACCAGCGUUCUUAUCGAUAUUAUUGGUAUUUAGAUCGAUCCGCUGAAUGACUUAUUCGUGGACUCUGGUUCCACCCACUUAUACCUCACAUUGCGUCUUUAAUGCAGUUCAGAGAAAUAUUUUGAACCUUUUUACUAAAAACGUGUGUAUUUUUUUAUACUAAACAAAUUUUACAUAUAAAAUACAAUGAAAUUAGAUAUUUGAAAAUACUGUUGGACUACAUUAUUGUAGAUAUCAGGAUAAAAACAGUUGCACGGUUCACCAGUUACAACAUUGAACUCGUGUUUACGUAUCCAUACGUGAUUAUAUAAUACAAUAAUUCAAAGCUCAAAGGACUUUACUUUGGGGAAAUGAGCGUAAUGCUAAUUUAUCUGUCUGUUUCAGUGGGAGUUACAUUUGUUUCUUCUUCUUCUUCUUUUAAUUAGUGACGUAAGCAACAGCUGCUUCCGGGGCGGAUACACGGCUGUGCUAACUUCCGCUUCCUAACGUUGAGCGCGAAAUCUAAAACAACAAGCUGACAUCCUAGCAGCUGCCACAACAUCCUAAGGAAUAUUUUAAAGAUCAUUUUAAAAAUAUUUAAUAAUUUUUGCGAAGAUGUCUUUUACUCCAAAAAGGCCAUGCCCAGACCCAAUGAACGACUCGAUGGAGAAGAGAAUAAAGCGGAUUUCUAUCGAGGGGAACAUCGCGGCAGGCAAAUCUACCUUUGUUCGCCUCUUGGAGCAGGAGAGCGCGGACUGGGAGGUGGUACCAGAGCCGAUCGCCAGGUGGUGCAAUGUUCAAACAACUGGCAGCGACUUUGAGGAGCUGACCGCAUCUCAGAGGAGUGGCGGGAACGUCCUGCAAAUGAUGUACGAGAAGCCAGGGCGGUGGGCUUACACUUUCCAGAGCUACGCCUGUAUCAGCCGGGUGCGUGCCCAGAUCAGAUCAGCCAACGGGAAGCUCAAAGAGGCUGAGAAUCCUGUGCAGUUCUUUGAGAGGUCCAUCUACAGUGACAGGUACAUCUUUGCAACCAACCUAUAUGAGAGUGAAUGCAUGAAUGAGACCGAAUGGUCCGUCUACCAGGACUGGCAUGGGUGGCUGCACAACCAGUUUGGCAAGCACAUUGAGCUGGAUGGCAUUAUCUACCUCAGAGCCUCACCAGAGAGAUGUUUAGAGCGGUUACACCUGAGAGGUAGAGAGGAAGAGCAAGACAUCCCUCCGGAGUACUUGGAGAAACUUCACUUCAAGCACGAGAGCUGGCUGCAGCACAAGACCCUGACCAUGGAGUUUGAGUAUCUCAAUGACGUGCCGGUCAUGACGCUUGACGUGAAUGAAGAUUUUAAGGGAGAUAAAAUCAAAUGUGCUAACAUGAUCGAGAAGGUCAAAGAGUUCUUGAGCACGCUAUGAGCACCACCACAAAGAAAAGAGUGAAGACUGGAUGGCUUUUAAAGCAUAGACAAUGACAGUUACUUGUCUGUUCAAUAACUGAAAAGAAAAGAAAUUGGGGGUUUUUGGUUGUGGUUUUUUUUAAGUGUUGUGUAUUUAUCAGCAUUAAUGUGCACAAAUGAGAUUGUAAUGUAUGUCCACUGAUAACAAUGACAGUAAACUUGUUAUUUUUUUCCCCACCGAUUGCACAAAAUCAAGUGUCACACGUGUUCUUUCUCCGCUCCAAAUGUUUCUUGGCACUCUGUGCAGCUCUUCCAGAAGAUGUCGCCAGUCUCCAUUAAAGCUGCCCGGCUAUUUCUGAGCGCUCAGCCUGCCUUGACCUGGUAGCUCCAAUAGGAUUUGACUAAAGCUAUCUGACAUUAGCUUCUUUCAUUUUUACUUUUAAUGCCUUUUUAAAAAGCACAGAGUAGAAUGGAUCACCAAGGUGAAAACAUCUCAUGACUUUUUGUUUGCUUUUGCUCUUUUUGGUCCAAAAUAAAUACCCAUCCUCAGCAAGUGUUCAAAUGAAUUAUUUAAGUGUAACUUUUAGAAUGUUGUUAGCAGGAUUUGUUUAUAUAUUUCCUGUUAAGCAAUAAAAAACUGAUUUUGCA